ACGUGUGUGAUUUUCCGACAGUCUAGUCAGAGGUACGCGCAGUUUAAUCGUAUUUAAUAUUUCAUGCUAAUACCAAAAUAAAAUUUAGAACAAAUCGUAGUGAUCGUAGGUGUGUAAGUCGUUUACGGUAUAAAAAAAAUGAUCACCCACGCGUUAAUCGUUAGUAUACAGUAGCUAGAAAUUUAAGAACUUGUCUGUAAGAAACCUUCUACGUAAAUCAAUGGACAUUUCAUGCACGUCUCAAUACGUCUGUGAUUUCAAUUGUAAUUAAGGAAGUUUUAUGUAAUUUGCACGAUUGUCAAUAUUAUCAUAGGCCACGGAUACUCGAUCGAAGUGACGUAGAAUCGUUUACAAGACAAAAAAAUUUGACAUUUGGCUUAGAAAUCUAUCAACACCUGUCCGAUCGCAUUUGACUUUUAAUAAGUGCCAGGCCAAAAAUUAACGCUAUGGGUUUGUGAGAAUUAUCGAGUAUUACGCGACAUGUCACGAAUGGCGGCGACUUCCGAGGCCCAGGAGAAUUAUUGAGGCCCCAGGAGGGAAUGGAUUUUCAGAGCGCAAUGGACACCUUCGUAGAGGCAUGGAUGGCUGCUAACACAAAGACGGAUCAAGUACAGAGCCAAGCGUUGGCAUUGACACACAAGGCCUCGCCACCAUCGAGACCGAGCAGCGUAUCCUCGUUACCGAGGAGCCCUCAGUCUCAUCAGUCUCAACAGUCUCAGCAGCAGAACGCAUCUCAGCAUCCGCCGGUGCAUCCGCUGCAAUCGCAGACUCCUCUCAAUACACCCCAGACACCGUUCUCCGCGCACAAUCAGCACCCGAAGCAAGAAAUCAACGCCAGUCCCAAGCAGGAGGGCUUUGAUCUCAGCAAGACCGCCUCCAGCACAGCGAAAAACCUCCCGGUGCAUUGUGUGGUGGAGACGAUUCACAAUAUCGUGGAAAGUCAUGUGAGCAACAGCCGUGAAAAAUGGCGAAGUCCUCAAGUAGAGACGGACUCUUACGUUAUUAUUCCGGUAGCUAUGCCCUUUCAGGAUUUAGUAGGCGAGGCGCUUGUACGCCUAGGAUACUCCAGCGAUUUGAUACCGAGCGCUAGAGGAAGCAUCGUUAUUCGUAACUGGAAGCCUCUACCGAUGGAGAAAGUCGCCGAUGGACCGCUGCUGACAGUAGGAGACAUUCUGGCCGAACUGACGUCGGUGGCAACCCUAAAGAUUCAGGUGUACAGAUCUAGACCGCCACCUCCCAGUCCAGCAGCUGAAGUUAGAAAUAAAUUGCUGAGGUUGCUCCUGUUGCACAGCCAUACGCUUCUCGUCUCCGCAGGCUGCCCCUUGGACGAGAUGACCUUGCUAUCCCUCUGCCGAGGCGGCAAUGAUUUAUCGGAAGAGACAAAGAGGAAUUUCGAGACGUGGUUGCAGCAGCAACAGAUAGGUCUUGGUAUGAAUCCGAUAGCACCCACUUCCAAUCAUCAUCAUCACACGCAAAGUCCGCAACCCGACAACGGUGGCACGAUCGCUCCGGGGGGCGGCCCGAUCGGGCCGCCGCAUCCAGCGCUUCUUCAAUAUUCGCAUAAGACCAGGAUGAGGACCAGCUUCGAUUCGGAGCUCGAAUUACCGCGUCUCCAGCGUUGGUUCGCCGAAAAUCAGCAUCCGUCGCGCGAACAGAUACAGCACUACGUCGCGGAAUUGAACUCCCUGGAGUCGCGCCGAGGCAGAAAACCGCUGGAUGCGAAUAACGUCGUGUACUGGUUCAAGAAUGCCAGGGCAGCGCAGAAGAGAGCCAGCAUGAACGGCUGCAGUCCUCCUGGACUCAGUCCAAGAGGUGCCAGCAUCGUCAGUGAAGAUUGCACGGACGAGGAAGAGGACAUCAGGCAUCAGUCGACAUCAGGAUCGCCCUGUCCACCGAGCAGUCCACCUGUUGGGCCUCUGUCUUUGACUACGAGACCCGAGGAUCAGCAGCAGCCGCCGACAUCGACUCCAUCCUCGGUGAAGCAAGAGGACGCAAGGGUGUCCUCCGGUUCCGAGGACGACGAGACCAGGCACACGGGUCCCAUUCCACCAGGAUUUUCUCUGGUGCCCAGCCCGAUGUUCGGCCACGGUAUAAUGUACAUGUCGCAUUAUCUGCCGCCACGCGGACCAGCCGGCUGUCCCACCAGCAUGCUGGCCGACGAGAGAAGAAAGAGGAACCGGACGUUCAUCGACCCCGUGACGGAAGUGCCGAGACUGGAGUAUUGGUUCAAGCGAAGCACUCAUCCGAGCCACGCGCUCAUUCUGUCGUACACGGAGGAGCUGAACAAGAUGCCCUAUCGCCAGAAGUUUCCGCGUCUGGAGCCGAAGAACGUGCAAUUCUGGUUCAAGAACCGCAGGGCCAAGAAUAAGCGGCUGAAGAUGGCUCUGUUCGAGGGCGAGUCGCCGCAACAGCAUCCAUAUCACGCCGACUAGUUAAUUUUCUUAAAUAACUAGGUUGACUAGGGACAGAAGCGCGAGAGCCAAAUGACAUGAGCAUUUGCAGCGCGAAAAUAAAGGAAAAUCGUUAACCGACUUGUUACUCCUUACUAUCGUUGACACACGCGGCUUUAAACGCUUACUGGCCGCACAUUCAUUGUAAUUAUCACGUAACAAUUAAUAUAAUUAUUAUGAACUUUCAUGAGUGUAAAUACGAGAUGAUGUCGAAUAAAAGGUAUACGUCACGAUAAAA